AUGUCCAGGUUGAUGUCCGCCAUGCUGCUCGGAGGCGCGCGCGCCGCUGGCGCCGCAGCGCUCACCGGUACCACCGCCGUCAAACCUCUCCCCAAGCACUACCUCCUCGCUCCCCGGCCGCACACCGCGAGCUGGAGCCCCCUCUGCUUACAGACCGCCCCGAAGUCGUCUCAGGCGUAUCAUAACGCGCCGGAGGACCGGAGGGAGAUCAAGGACAAGUACAGGGGCGCGGCGGAGCAGGCCAAGGACGCCACUGGCAACGCCAAGGACAGCAUGAAGGAGACGGCAAGGGAAGCCAAAGACAGGGCAGACCAGAACGCGUCGCGCAUGGCUGAGGAGACCAAGCACAAAGUGGGGGACGCCGCCGAGGAAGCGUCGCACAUGACGGAGAAGGCAAAACAUCAGACGAAGGAGACCGCGCAGGAGGCCGCCGAGAAGGCCUCCCGCAUGACGGAGAAGGCCAAGCACGAGACGAAGGAGACCGCGCGCGAGGCCGCCGACAAGGCGGGCGAGAUGAAGGAGAGAGCGAAGGAGACGGCCGGGCAGGCGGCGGAGAAGACGAAGGAGACCGCGAGUGCGGCGGCGGACAAGACGGGGGACAUGAAGGAGAGGGCCAAGGAGACGGCCGGGCAGGCGGCGGAGAAGACAAAGGAGACGGCCGGGCAGGCGGCAGAGAAGACAAAGGAGAUGGCCGGCGCGGCGAGGGAGAAGACAGCGGAGGUGGCGGAGGGCGCCGCGGAGAAGGCCGGCGAGGCCAAGGACAAGGCAGCGGAGGGCGCGAAGAGCGCCGGGGAGAAGGUGGCGGAGAUGACCAAGGAGGGCGCGAGCAAGGUGGCGGACACGGCCCAGGCGCUUGGCGACAAGGCGAAGCAGGCGGCGCAGGACAUGUGGGGCGCCACAAAGGAGGCCGCGCAGGUGGCGACGGACAAGGUCGUUGGGGACCACACGGCGGAGGAGCACUCGUCGUGGGACGACGUCGCCGCGGCCACCAAGGAGAGGGACAGGAUCGCGCAGGAGUCGCAGAAGAGGCAGGCCAGGGAGAAGGGCUCCGGCUUGCCGUAG